AACAAUCACUAAAUAUUGGUGCACUACACAUAUGUAAUCAGUGCAGAAAUUGUCACUGCAUUCUGAAAUUAUAGGUGUACAUUCUACCAAAUUAAGCAUGCAAUUCACUUACAAACUAACUAAUAGUGGCUAAUCCCUAAAUAUAAAAAGUGUGCUCUAAUUUAAGUACUGUGAGACUUCAUGCUGAGCAGAUGCAGUGAACAUUUCCCAGUUGUUAUUCAUUGUAAUAUGACACCCUUGAGGAAGAAGUUGAUAGAUCUGCUAAGUAAACGAAAGUAAAAGGAAUAAAAGGGUUGGGUGUGGAAAGGUAAAGCAGGUUUCACAGCACCUCCAGUAAGAAAGUAAAUGUACUGAGUUUAACAAGUAAAGCAGAUAUUUUUAUUACUACAAUUUUUAAGUUGACACUUCUAUUGGCUGAAAGCUGACUUGAGUCAUGGCAGACGCUCUGUCUUUCCUGGAAGAGGACUUGACAUGCAUCAUCUGUUGUGAUGUCUUCACCGAUCCGGUCACUCUGAAGUGUAGCCACAGUUUGUGUGAGAAAUGUCUCCAGCGUUUCUGGACGACUCAGGACGUGCCGCGGUGUCCAGUCUGUCGGAAGGAAUGCUCUCACGACGAACCCACCAAGAGCCUGGCGUUCAGAGCACUCUGUGAGACCUUCAAGAAGAGGAAACCCUCCGCUGUUUCAGGAGACGUUUGUCCAGAACAUAAAGAGGAACUCAAACUCUUCUGCUUUAAGGACCAGCAGCCCAUCUGUUUGGUCUGUUACACGUCAAAGAAGCAUGAAAAGCACAAGUGUUCUCCUGUCGACGAGGCCGCUGGGAAUUUAAAGGAGGAUCUCAAGACUCAAAUGGACAGACUUCAGGAGGCACUCGCAGACCUCAAGAAAGCCCGUGAGAGCUGUGUGAAACAGGCUGAGCUCCUAGAGGAACACGCUAGAAUGGAUGAAAACCAGAUCAAGAAGGAAUUUGAGAAGCUCCAUCAGUUUCUUCGAGACGAGGAGGAGAAACACAUCAGAUCCUUGCAUAAAGAAAUUCAACUUCUAGAUGAGAAUCUCAAGGCCAGAACGGAGGAGUUGUCCGCACAGAUAUCAGAUAUGUGUGAGAAUAUGGCAGGCGUCUGGCAGGACAUGGAAGAAGAAAACAUCACAUUUCUCCAGAAUUACAAUGAUACAGUAAAAAGACUCCAACACCCAUCAGUACCACACACAACCCCUGAACUACAGGAGUAUCAACACUAUCCCGUUCAGACUGUGAUCUUCACCACCUGGGCCAGGAUGCAGAACCUUGUGGAACAGCCUCCUGUGACUCUGGAUCCAGACACAGCCUCCAGUAAACUGCUGGUGUCAGAGGAUCGCACCAGUGUUGAGUAUUUAGAAAUUAAAAUGAUUAUGUGUGAUAACCCAGAGAGGCUGUAUGUGGGAGUGCUGGCGUCGCAGGGCUUCAGCUCAGGUGUGCACUGCUGGGACGUCGAGGUAAGAGACAAUGACCACUGGACUCUGGGAGUGGUUGGGGAAACAGUGAACCGCAAAAGACUUUACAAAAUGGACCCGAAGAGUCAUUUUUGGUGUUUUCGUUACGUGAAUGGUACAUACAAGAAAGGAAGUAAACCUCUCAGUGAUAUUGAUAGCAAUGAAUGCCCAGAUGUCAUCCGACUGCAGCUGGACUUUGAUGAAGGAGAGCUGAGAUUCAUCGACGCUUUCAGAAACAGGGUUUUGUGCACCUACACCGGUGGAUUUCCAGAGAAGGUGUUCCCAUAUUUCUGCAGUGGAGAUGUGGACAAGCCACUUACUGUUUUCCCGGCAAAUAGACAAAAAACUGUAAAUACCAACUAAUGUUUUUUUGUUUAUGCGCGUGCCAAGAUAAUAAUCAAAAGGAAUUAUGUUUUAAUGCAGUGUGACUUGAAUGUGAACAUUAUUCUCGGGGUCACUGUAUGUGAAUUUAUAUGGCUAUGCGUUUUUUGUUGCGGCCGCCAUCUUUAGGACCUUGCAUAGCCUCACGUCAGUGAUUGGAAACUGAAUUAACACUCAACCAACAACAGAAAACAAUGGAAUUAAAAAAAUAAAAUAGAUACUUUAGGAUUAGAUUUUAAACUAUAUUCUAAUCUGACUUCUUUUUAAUAUGACCUCGAAUUUAGAUUGUCAUAGAAAUUGGUUGCUUGACCAUUCUAGUUAUUAUUAUUCUGAUAUUUGAUUAUUCUAUUUAUUCUAUUCUUUCGUUUGGGUGCUCAAAGGGCUUUAAGUUAUUUAGGUUGGUCGAACAACAUCCAGUUGACCUAAACAGAAAUUCCCUAUAAGCCCUUACAAUCUAAAUACACAGUAUGAAGUGUGUGGACAGGACACUACUGUAUUGAAGCACAUGUUGUUUGAAAGACUCUUUAUUUAUGUUCAUUCACUCAUUUAAUUCUAGCACAUUAAGUGGCUGUGUCAAGUAUGUUUGAAAUGUAAAGUGUGUAUGUAUCAUCCUAAUUAAAGAGAGAGUUUACUUAAAAAUUAAAAUCAUUUAUUUCCUUUAUGUCGUAUACAUGUGUCAAACCUGUUGGUUUUGAUUAGCUACCAGCAUUCUUCAAAGCAUCUUCCUCUAAGUUCUGCAGAAAAACGAAACUCAGGAGAAAAUAAAGUUUUUUUGUACUAGGGUGUAAACAAGUUUUGUUCUGCUGUAGAGUUGGGCAUUAUAAUAUCAUGG